AUAAAAAAACUGAUAAUAGAUUAAACGGUCAAUGCUCCAAUCUUGAAGAUAAUUUGAAGUUCCGAGAGAGUAGGUUUAGGAGGAAACAGAGAACAGAUUAAAGAACCCAAUAACGUUAGCCGAAAAUUGAAGUAGACUCAGCAAAAGAUGGCAAACGAGGAGCGAAAAUGCGGGCGCUUACCGUUUAGACCUUAUAUAAUGGAAGCACUGAUGACGAAAUGGACUUCCACUUUCAAUUUUACGCUCUAGGCAGCAAGAAAGGUAUUAAAAUGGCAAGUUGUUGCUUUCCCAUUAGGCGCUCCCAUACUAGUCCUUCUUCUAAGAGUUGCUCUAAAGGGUCAUCCAGGGUUCCUGAUACAAGGACAAAGGUAUCAGUCCAGGCCCUCCAGGUGGAGAGUUCACUAGUUGUCUGCUUCGGGGAGAUUUUAAUCGACUUUGUGCCAACUGUUGCUGGAGUUUCACUUGCAGAAGCACCUGGCUUUAAGAAAGCACCAGGUGGAGCACCCGCUAAUGUUGCUGUUGGGAUAGCAAGAUUAGGAGGGAAUUCAGCUUUUAUAGGCAAGGUAGGAGAUGAUGAAUUUGGACACAUGCUGGCUGAUAUCCUCAAGCAAAACAAAGUGAAUAAUUCUGGCAUGCGAUUUGAUUCUCACGCAAGGACUGCACUGGCAUUCGUGACAUUGAGAGCUGAUGGUGAACGUGAAUUCAUGUUUUACCGUAAUCCUUGUGCGGAUAUGCUUCUUUCUGAAACAGAGCUUGAUAAAAACCUAAUAAGGAAGGCAAGUAUAUUUCACUAUGGAUCAAUUAGUUUGAUUAAUGAACCUUGUAAGUCAGCUCAUCUUGCUGCCAUGGACAUUGCCAAGCGUGCUGGUUGUAUCCUCUCAUAUGACCCAAAUUUAAGAUUGCCAUUAUGGCCAUCUGCAAAUGCUGCUCGUGAUGGCAUCAUGAGUAUAUGGAACCAAGCUGAUAUUAUUAAGAUAAGCGGGGAAGAAAUGGAAUUCUUGAUUGAAGGUGACAAUUCAUUUGAUGAUAUGAUGGUGUUGGAAAAGCUUUUCCAUCCCAACCUUAAGCUCUUACUUGUGACUGAAGGCUCAGGGGGAUGCCAAUAUUAUACAAAGGCAUUCAAGGGUAAAGUCCUUGGUGUUAAAGUUGAUGCAGUUGAUACAACUGGUGCUGGUGAUGCCUUUAUGGGUGGGCUACUGAGUAAAUUGGCCUCAGACCUAAAUUUGUACAAGGAUGAAAAGAAGUUGAGGGAAGCUCUCCUCUUUGCUAAUGCCUGUGGUGCUAUCACGGUUACCCAGAAAGGAGCUAUUCCUUCGCUGCCCACAAAAGAAGCAGUCCUCCAAAUUUUAUCCAAGGAACUGCUUGAGAAGAUCUGAUAGUCUAUUUCCAGGAGACCUUGCAAGCGAUUCUAUUAUUUUUUUGAUCCUGAGCAGGAUAGAUUUCACAAUGAAUCCUUGAAAUGAAAAUAUUCCAGCAUUUCUAGUAUUUUUAUCCAUUAGAUGAUUCUUGCUUAUUUAUAUUCACAGCAACUUCCCUCCAAGAAGCAGCUUCUACAUUGUUCAGAGCAGAAAACUUCUAAUAGAUCGUAGCACACGGUAGCACCUAGAAGAAAGGUAGCAGAAAGAAUAUGGAGAACUGUGAUUACAUGUUAUAAUAAAAUCUAAGUUGCUAGCUUCUA